CCGCGUGGUGCCGGUGUUUCAGUCUUCGUUUGAUGUCAGAUCGUUGAGUUUCGUGAGAGGGAAGCCCGCCGUGAUACAGAAUACUAGAGGAACAAUUUCGGCGAUUAGAGGGAGACGAAUUUCGUGUGAUUGUAAUUAUUUCAUAUAAAAUCGCGACUGUUGGACAUUGUGCACGAAGCAGCAUCGAAAUACAUACGGCGUGAGACAUUAACAUUCGUCAACCUAGUUGAACGAAAAAGGUUAACCGGCGGAAAGUUCAACAGGGAUACAAAUUAAGAAAAGAAGGAAAAAUGGCGCCCAACAUAACGAGCACCCCGUCCGGCAUUUUGUCCGAGGGUGACAACCUAGAGGAAAACGGGAUGAUCGACACACCUAAGAAGAAAUACGUGAGACACAUCGUGUGGAGGAACGUGAUCAUCUUCGGGUAUCUUCAUCUAGGCGCCCUUUUCGGGCUGUAUCUCGCUUUCACAUCGGCCAAGAUUUUGACGUGCCUGUUCGCCUUUAUUUUGUAUGUAUGCAGCGGCAUUGGAAUCACGGCUGGCGCUCACAGAUUAUGGGCACACCGAUCUUACAAGGCGAAGUGGCCUAUGGAGUUCGUAUUGAUGAUCUUCAAUACCAUAGCAUUCCAGGAUGCGGCUAUCGAUUGGGCCCGGGAUCACAGACUUCACCAUAAAUACAGCGAGACGGACGCGGACCCCCAUAACGCGAAGAGGGGAUUCUUCUUCGCGCACGUCGGCUGGCUCCUCUGCAAGAAGCACCCUGACAUCAAGGAGAAAGGCAAAGGAAUCGAUCUCAAUGACCUGAAGAAAAAUCCUAUAUUGGCGUUCCAGAAAAAGUACUACUUGAUUCUUAUGCCUCUGUUAUGCUUCAUCGUACCAACUAUAAUUCCAGUCUACUUCUGGAACGAGACAUGGUUGAACGCUUAUUACAUCCCUACUAUUUUGCGUUACGUUUUCACGUUGAAUAUGACUUGGCUGGUCAACUCUGCGGCUCAUCUGUUUGGUAACAAGCCAUACGACAGGUUUAUCAAUCCAGCGGAGAACAAAGCAGUGGCCUUAACCGCGUUCGGCGAGGGUUGGCAUAAUUAUCACCACGUUUUCCCAUGGGACUACAAGACGGCUGAGCUGGGCAACUACAAGUUCAAUUUUACCACAGCCUUUAUCGACGCUUGCGCGAAACUUGGAUUAGCAUACGAUCUGAAAAUCGUUCCCAGAGACAUAGUGCAGAAGCGAGUGGAUAGAACCGGCGACGGAAGUCACGAUGUGUGGGGUUGGGGUGAUAAAGAUCAGACGCAAAAAGACAGAGACAUAACGAUGGUGACGCACACUCUGAAGAAAGAUCAUUAAGGAUCAUUAGACACGUUUAUAUUGCAGGGCUGAUCGUCCGUUCGUUUGGUCGACUAAAAUAUCGAACAACGGCCCGCUUCUUUGUACAGUUCUAUAUAAAAGGGGUAGAAUAUCCGGGAAUCAAUCGAAACAUUUGGAAUAUCACUUAAUAUUUUUGUUCACCCGGUUAUAUCAGCAUUGGAUAUACACAGUUUUUCACCGAGAUCGGUUCACGAUUAAGAAUAAAACAUUUGUACAUCGUUUCGUUGUGUGUUUCCACCAAGAAUGGUUAAUGCACUAAGAUUUUUCGUUCUGCCUGGAUAUAUGCACAAAACCACGUGUUACUAUCGAAUGGAAAUCUUUAUUCUAUUUUAUUAGUCCUAUUUUAUUAUAAGAGUAGCUUAGGGUAAUAGUAUACGUGCUGUGAAUAUCGGUUUCUACAAGAUAAGAGAUGUUUAUUGAUCGAGGGAUAGGCUGAAUUGAAUGCGGCCGACAUUACGAUUACGCGACUGAUUUGAUAGGUCAUUUGGCGGGUUCUAAAUGUCCUUUUUGAUUCCGAGGGCAAAUCAAAAGCACUUCGUUCAGACACUUUAACGACGUUCUAGAUCGCAUCGAUAGAAUCGCGCGCGACGUUCGUCUCGAAUAUUGUAUUCCAAAGCCUGAAAAUAUUCUUCCUUAUUCCAGCUCGUUAGAUUGUUUCACAGUGUCCACAGUGGUGGAGGUCCCCGACCGAAACCUCCGACUUUUCCCUUCGAUCGAAUCACUACGUGAAUUCUGUUAUUAAAGGAAUUCUUUUCUUUAGGUUUUUACCAUAUCGUCCGACAGUCCCGAGUAUCGUACAGACAUAGGGAUCGUCAAGGAUGAAAAGAUAUCUUUGAAAAACAAAACAUUCCGUCGACGCGAGUUGGACGUUUGUUACAAUGGCCGUACAACCAGGACGCGUUAAAUGUUUUGUUGAAAGCAAACGAUUGAAUCGAGUGAAACCUCGUCGAGAACGUCAUUGUUAAUUAUAGUCAUCAUUUCGGUACGACAAUAAUCAUUUGUUCGAUUCCUGUUUUCGCACGUGUCAAUGACAAAUCGAAGAUUUCGCGUUACUCUUUC